AUGGAAUUACAUCCCCAAAAGCCUCAAGCUGGUCAAAAACAUAUUACAACAUUUGAACGGCUAUCCAAUAAUGGAAUCUUAGUCAUGUUAUCGCUAGUACAGAACGACUUCCAUCACUGUAUUAAGGGAACUGCUGUACCGAUCGAAAAGGAUGCAGUGGCACGAAGUCUGUCUUUUGAUGGUACCUAUACGGCAACCAAAAAGUAUUUUGAGCGAGGCUCAGAUUUGAACAGUACACCGAUAAUAGCACAAGAAAUGAAUGAUAAAACUCCAGUUCUUAUAAGUAGCGAACACAUAGACUUCAGUCUGAGGCAGUUGCCGGGAAAAAACAGCAGCAUCAGCUCCGAGCUAGUUAACAAGAAAGAAGUACCCUUUGGCGAAGCUGCGUCCACUGAGCUUGAGAAUUAUGUUGAUGCGGAUAAGUUGCAAGAAGUCAAUACUUUACGUAAUAUUAACAAGAUUCUAGCAACAAAACUGGCUAAAGCAGAACGAAUAGCACAGUUUCUUCAAAUACAACUCAAAUUUUACGACAAAACAAAUGAUGCUAAAUUUGCAUGCAGGUUAACUGAUAUCAUCGAUCAGCUGAAAGUACUACUUCCCAAUGAUCGAUUUCGUGAUGAAGCUCUAAAGGUUUUAAAUUCUGCGAAUCCAUCCAUAGACGUUAACGACGAAAAAUUUGCUUUUUUGAAUAGUUUGUUGGAAGAAAUUGAAUGCGAUAAAACAGUACUUUCAAAUUCCGGAACUCUGCGCAAAUACUGUGAACGAUUAGUUGAAUAUGCUCGUAAACAUCCACCAGUUCUUAUGGAACUGCAGAAUCAGAUAAAUGAAGAGAAAAACAAUGCUGAGAUAAUAGGUUUAAGUUCCCAUAACCGAUGUAAACCUUUCUAA